UUGGCGGAUAACGAGCUUCUUCCUCGUCUCUCGCAGUGCUGCGACCUCCUGCUUGCCAACAUUCAAUUAGACAAGCCACGACGCUCGCGAGUGUGACCGACUGUUCGCAGUUGUAGGACUUUCAUCUUGGAAUGUGCACAUUGUUAUUAAAGCGAAAUGAUGCACCUUAGCCUCCUCAUCAUACUUCAAGGGAUGUUAUGCAUUGCAGCGUUCAACCGGUCCGCCUACCCCUACCUGGCCUCCGAGCAGCAGCUGAUGAGGGACCUCCUGGAUGACUACGAGGCAUCAGUGAGACCCGCGGAGAAUGCCACAGAACCGAUCCAGGUCUCCCUCGGCAUCAUCAUCGUCAAGAUCCUCGACCUGAACGAGAAGAACGAGUACCUGGAGAUGUGUGCGUACCUGAGGAAGAACUGGCACGACCUGCGUCUCAAGUGGAACAAGAAAGACUACAGCAACGUGGACAGCAUCAGCAUGCCCUCCAGCCUCAUCUGGCUGCCCGACAUCGUCCCCUACAACAAUGUUGAAUCACAAUUUGACAUUGUACAAACAAUGGUGCGGGUUUACGCUUCCGGUCACGUGAACUGGAUGCAUCCGGUGCGAUUGCGCACCUUAUGCCAAGUUGACCUCUCAAAGUUUCCAUUUGAUGAGCAAGUAUGUAGCAUACAGUUGUCCAGUUGGACAUACAGCGGGACGGGUAUUAACAUCAGUCUGUGGGGAGGGUCUGCCGACCACGCCAUAGACCUGGGCGGAGGACUGCUGAACAGCGAAUGGAAGAUCAUCAGCUCCACAGCCACGGUGAAGCAGACCCAUUACUCGUGCUGCCCAGAACCCUACCCUGACAUGAUGAUCACCCUGACACUGAGACGGAGCCCAGCCUACUAUGCCCACAUCUUCGUCAUCCCUGCUCUGCUCCUGGGAGUUCUUGUGCCAUUCCAGCUCCUACUUCCACCGGAGUCGAAAGAGAGGCUCACACUAGGGUCAGUGUUGAUCCUGUCGGUGUUGCUACUCAGUAUGAAGCUGCAGGAUGUCCUACCAGACUCCGUCGCCACUAUCCCCGCCAUAGAGAUGUAUUACAUGCUGACACUGAUCUGGGUCACGAUGUCAAUGCUGGCGUCCAUCUGGGUUCUCAACGUGCACAACAGAGGACCCCGUCGGGGGAAAGUACCAGACAUAAUCAGAUGGAUCUUCCUCCGGAGUUUGAAGCGGCUGGUGUGUCUGGGGAGUGACAACUACUACCCUCUGGACGAGAUGGAGACCAUCACCAUGAGGGGACUGGACAAAUCCGCCACCGUUGGGAUGUCAAGUCUCGGGGACGGACCAAUGAGCAACCAGGACUCACGACCCCCUACGAAGCUUGAACGCGACGUCGACGACAUACUGAAACAGGUGCACCUGCUGACUACUCGGGCGGCUAUUUGCGAGGCCCGACAAGAGAUGCUGAGCGAGUGGCAUCAGGUCGCCCUGGUGAUGGACCGAGUCCUGUUCUUUUUGUUUAUGUUGAUAUUCCUCAUGUGUAGCGUUAUUCUGCUCACGUAAACAACUGGCUCAUUUACAUUUAAUCAGUUACACACCUUAAAACAUUAAAUGGGUAUAUGAAUUGCUAGUUAACGGGUAUACUAUACGUCAAGGUAAGAAAGUGUUCUUGGAUAAAGCAUGGUCACUGUUUGGGCAUUAUUUAAUUGUAUGAAACACACUAUAGGGAACAGGGAGACAGGAUUUGAAAAUCACACCUUUGAACGAUAUUACAUAUGUGAUAUGAUCACGGACAAGUAUUAAAUCGUUCUUGUCGUUGUUAGUAUGACAUAUGGUCAGGAUUCCUUGUAAUCUGUUUCUGUUGAGUUGUGACCAUGGUUUGACAAAACAUAUUCUCCUUAAAAAUAGAAGCUGAAGACCUUUAUAUACUUCUUCACACACAUAACUGAAGUGACUCUGAAUCAUUGUAAAGUUAUGAUGACAUGGGUGUUUGAGAAACGGGUGAGCCUGUCUUGACUACUUGCAGUACCCAUUAACUCGGGCACUGUUAUCAAAGACAGAGAUGCUCUCUCCUUCAGGUGUAAUUGCCAAGUUCAUUUCGAGUACAUAUUACCAUCCCUGCCAUUGGAAGAAUAGUGAUACCGCACUUUCGAGGAUGUAUUGCACUAACAAUGUACAUACAUGUUCUGUAAUACACGUGCAGAGUUGUGAAUAUAGUCUCCAGCUGUAUUCUUGUAAUAACGUGACCUUCAGGAACAGGUCAACCCCAACGCUGUGUAGUGAGUGAAUAUGGCUUUACGCCGCUUUUAGCAAUAUUCCAGCAAUAUCACGGCGGGGGACACCAGAAAUGGGCUUCACACAUUGUACCCAUGUCGGGAAUCGAACCCGGGUCUUCGGCGUGACGAGCGAACGCUUUAACCACGAGGCUACCCGACCGCCCCCCAACGCUGUGUAAGGGACGGAAGUAAUAAUACAUAAGGAAGAAGGAAUACUUCUUUAUUAUGAGGGACAUACCUUUUGGGAGUAUAUACUUACACCUUCAUCAGGUGAAUAUAUGCUAUGAUGCAGAGAACAUAUAUACUCACCGCAAAAGAAACGCGAACCAUACAACAAUGUAGAGCAGUAUGUACGUUAAGAAGAAAUGUUUCCAAUAUGUACCACUUAAUGACAAAAUUAACAAUCAGUCAAGUGUUACCACAGAGUUGCUUUAUUCUUAGCACGACAUGCUGCACGUGAUUUCCAAACUUUACAUGCUAAUUCUGCACGAGACAAAUGGUGCAUCUCGAGUCAUGGAUAUGACGUCACGUGCGAUGCGUUCAUGAGCGUCGGCUCACAAAACAUUACAGUAUGUUCGUUUGUGCAUCGAACCAAUACUAUAUCUCUUGAAUAUGUGUAAUUCUUCAUAUAUGAACCAACAUGUAUGUUAUUCGCGUUUCUGUCGGUGAGCAUAUAUAUACCUGUAAGAACAUCAAAAGUAAUAACCCACAUAUCCGGUUCUGUUCCUGACCUUGAAACUGACGUACUACACUGUGUAAAUAUAUAUGACUCCUCAACUCCAAGCAGAAACAUUUCUAUUAUCAGUAUCGUCACUGUAAAUUGGAAGAAUGUGAUAUGUAUUAUGAAUAUUGUAUUGAUGCUAUUUGUAUUGGAUAUCAUACCGAUGUAUGUUUAUAUUACGGUCGCAGUCCAGGUUUGACUGGAGAUAUGUCACGAGUAUUUAUCUCUCUCCAUUCUCUUGUAAAUAUCAAGAAUAUAUACUAUUCUUUUGCUGGGACAUUGUCAUACUGCAAAUAUUGCCUACACAUAUUAUAAGUAAUCCAUUUGGUGUAUCAUGGAAUAUUUAUGAAUUACAUCCCUGUCAAAUGUUAAUUUGUAUAUGUUUAUCAUGUUACUGUAUGAGUCGUUUUGUAUUCGGUCAUAACCCAAUUGUGCAGACCUUGUCAUUAGCGGUGGUAUACAUAGUCUCAUAUCUGUAGGCCAAGUCAGUGAUCGUUCAAACAAUAUAUAUAUAAUACUAUGUAUGCCAUGUUACAAUCAUUAUUUCAUUUCCUGUUAGAUAACAUGCCACUGUAUAUGAUUACGGUAACGUCACUAUAUCAAGGCCAUUAGAAUCACUGGGCGAAAAGUUGUAUUUCCCAGCUUGGAAAGAACAUGGAAUGAACUCUCUUCCCAGAACUGCAUGCGUGUAACGACACCAGUGACACAUUUCCCAGAGUCGAAUGCAUGUAAUGACUGGCUUUCCAAGAACAGGUCUACCAGUGAAAACUGACAGACUGCAACAAAAAACUAGGAUAUGUCUACAAUAUACAAGGCAUCGGCAACAUAAAACAAUGAGAACGUAACCAAAAUCUUAGAAACAGCAUUAUAAAUCAGAGAACUGCCGAAAUCAUGGAAACGGCAGCAUUAAAACACACAGACUGCAGCCUUCCAAACUAGACAUGCGCAGAACAAGAAGGAAGUUGACAGUCAUGAUCAUGAGGAUCAACAAACACCGAGUAAAUAUACACCUUACAAUGCCAAUAUAGACUAUUCUGGGUGUGUACUGUUGUAUUUCCGCUGUGAGAUGUCACUGUACUCGCUGUCUGCUGAUCCUCAUGAUCAUGACUGUCAACGUCCUUCUUGUUCUGCGCAUGCCUAGUUUGAAAGGCUGCUGUCUGUGUGCGUUAGUGCUGCCGUUCCUUAAAAUAUAUUCAGAAAUCAACUAUUUCUAAAUGAAAGUUUUAGAAAUUUUUUCAGUUUUUCAGUUAUUUUAAAAACAAACACUGGUUAGGUCUGCUGUCGAUGACAUGUUUCGUUUUCCGUGAAUAUAGGGUUAUCUCCCCCCUAAAACAUGGCGACAUACAUCGAUGUUUGCUGAAGGGAAGCCUACAAGCCUCGUUGUGAAUAGAUGGGUUGUUGUGAGUUGUAUUUGAAUUUAUAUUGUGUAUACGUUCAUGGUCUUUUGAAAAGUGUACACCAUUGAAAUACGUUUCAGAAAUAAAGGUAUUGCUACAUAUUCAUUCAUUAAAACAACAGAGGAUGUAUGUUAAUUUCUCAUGACUGGCAUCCUAGAAACGUCAGUGCCACAUGCGUGAUAUAUUGGUAUUGUCUGUGAUUUCAGUGUCAAAAACGCACAUUAAUAAAGUAUGCGCCAUUUGUGAAGUACCUUGAAUCAAACCCAUAUUUGAUGUGUGUUUAUCAUUUAUAAUGAUGGAUACGGUGAUAGGAGACGUGCGUAGUGUUAGCGUAACACCAUUGUCGGCUAUGAUGUGAGGUUUACCACCGCACCGUAUCUCUACAUGUCUGUUUGCUUCACAGUAUAACAUAUGUCAGUACACUCCACUCCGGAUAUAACGAAGUCUGUAUAAGGAAUAUUCCACUAGUGGCAAGUUGGAACAACAAAUGACGAAAUUAAGAUUCAGCUUAACGAAGAACUUCGGCAAAACGAACUUGAAUAAACCGAACUUCGGCAUAACGAACUUCUACAUACCGAACUUUGACAUAACGAAUUUCGGCAUAACAACACUUAGCAUACAGAACCAUCGACAUAACGAACAUAUUUCGAAGGUCCCUUGAGUUAUAUCCAGAGGCGGGUGUAUGUGUACAGCCGUCAUGUUGAAUCAUGCAACGUUUAUACAUUCUAGAUGUCAUUGUAGGUUCCGGACGUAUGAUUUGUUGAGUUGUUAGAAAUAAACUUGAAAACCA